UCUCCCUCCCUGCUCGCGCCGGGCAGCAGCAGCGGGAGACGCGGGCCGGGGCGAUGGGCGGCGCGCGGCAGGCUUCUGUUCAUUUUACCAGUAUCAGAAAGCAGUGAGGUGAAAAGGCAUCCUUUGGGAACCCAGAUAACCAAAGUUCACUUGCAACCAAAGACCAUAAACAUGAAGAAAUAGAGCACAGAUGAGUAAAAGGAAAACUUCGAGAUUCACUUAGAAGUGGCCAGUUCGGAACUAAAGACCCAUUAUACUGGUAGAAAUUUCAAAAAUAUGCUACUCUGACAGGUGCAACUGUACUCUGCUAAGACUAUAACUGUAUUUUACUCUUCAGUUCUCUGUUUCAUAAAAGACAAUGUAAUAACAGCAGUACCAGUCUUUCAGGUAAGACUAAGUACUCCCUUAGCCUUGAGUGGACAUGAGUGAUCAAAGGUCUUUGCAAGAAGAUAAGCACAAACUCAGUAGAACCUCCUUAAAGUUCAAGGAGACUUCAAGAAUUAUGGAGACUGAUGACUACUUUGCUAGAAAACUUAAAGUUUUGAAUGGUAACAUGGGUCCUACUUCUUUAAAUGCCUCUGGCAAACAUGAAAGUAAUCAAAAUAAUGGUACACCUGCUAUGCCUAAAAUGGGUGUUCGUGCUAGGGUAUCGGAGUGGCCUCCUAAAAAAGAUUGCUCUAAGGAAUUAACUAAAGCUACUUGGGAAAGUAGACCUCAAACCAGUUAUGAGAGUGUUGGAUCAAUACUUCCAAAUGGACAAAAUGACCAAAGUGAUGGACAACAGGGACAAUUGGAUCUGGAAUUUGCAGAGGCCAAGUAUACCAUAGGAGAUCUUUUUGUCCAUUCUCCCCAAAGGGGACUUCACCCUAUAAGGCAAAGAAGCAACAGUGAUGUCACCAUAAGUGAUAUUGAUACUGAGGAUGUAUUGGACCAGAAUGCUGUUAACCCAAAUACGGGAGCAGCUCUUCAUAGAGAAUAUGGAAGUACUUCUUCAAUUGAUAGACAAGGUUUGUCUGGUGAGAAUUUUUUUGCAAUGCUUCGAGGAUAUCGAGUGGAAAACUUUGAACACAAAAGUCUUGCUCCAUUUGGAUUUCCUGAAUUUUUCCACUGUGACUCUACAAUUUCUCCAAGUCUUCAUGCAGCUGCACAGAUUUCCAGAGGAGAAUUUGUCAGAAUUUCUGGAUUGGAUUAUAUGGAUAGUGGCCAGCUUAUUGGUAGGGACAGGGAUAAAUCUUUCAAAAGGAGAUUAAAAUCAGAAGCAGUAGAAACGUCUCUAUUUAGAAAACUGCGGACUGUUAAAAGCGAGCAUGAAACUUUCAAAUUUUCAUCUGAACUGGAUGAUGGAAGACUUGAGAGAAACAUUCGUUCUUGGAACUGUCAGAAGUGUUUCUCCCAUUAUGAUGUUCAGAGCAUUUUAUUUAAUAUAAAUGAAGCAAUGGCUACCAGAGUUAAUGUGGGGAAAAGAAAAAAUAUUACCACUGGGGCUUCAGCUGCAUCCCAAACUCAAAUGCCAGCAGGCCAGACAGGAAAUUGUGAAUCUCCUUUGGGAAGUAAAGAAGACCUUAAUUCAAAAGAGAAUCUAGAUGCUGAUGAGGGUGAUGGGAAAAGCAAUGACCUAGUGUUGAGUUGCCCUUACUUCAGGAAUGAAACUGGUGGGGAAGGAGAUAGAAGAAUUGCACUUUCUAGGGCAAACUCAGCAUCAUUUUCUUCAGGUGAAAGCUGUUCCUUUGAGUCCUCUCUAAGUUCCCAUUGCACGAAUGCUGGUGUUUCAGUACUGGAGGUGCCAAGAGAAAAUCAGCCAAUUCACAGGGAGAAAGUAAAGCGAUAUAUCAUCGAACACAUUGAUCUUGGAGCAUAUUACUACCGAAAGUUCUUCUAUGGAAAAGAGCAUCAAAACUACUUUGGAAUAGAUGAAAAUCUAGGACCUGUAGCAGUCAGCAUCCGGAGAGAGAAGGUUGAAGAUCCUAAGGAGAAAGAGGGUUCUCAAUUUAACUAUCGUGUAGUUUUCAGGACAAGCGAGCUUACUACCUUAAGAGGAGCAAUUUUAGAAGAUGCCAUACCAUCCACUGCCAGACAUGGCACAGCACGGGGCCUGCCUCUUAAAGAGGUACUAGAAUAUGUAAUACCAGAGCUGAGUAUUCAGUGCCUGAGGCAGGCUUCCAACUCACCGAAAGUCCCUGAACAACUGCUUAAACUGGACGAGCAAGGGCUGAGUUUUCAGCACAAGAUUGGGAUCCUUUAUUGCAAAGCAGGCCAGAGCACAGAGGAGGAGAUGUAUAAUAAUGAAACUGCAGGGCCUGCUUUUGAAGAGUUCCUUGAUCUUCUGGGCCAGAGAGUACGGCUAAAAGGGUUUAGUAAAUACAGAGCUCAGCUAGACAAUAAAACGGAUUCAACAGGAACUCAUUCCCUCUAUACUACCUAUAAAGAUUAUGAAUUAAUGUUUCAUGUAUCAACGAUGCUUCCAUACAUGCCUAAUAAUAGGCAACAGGACUUAACUACGCCCUGCUUGGUCACUGAUCAGGACAUCCCUCUAGUUUUAGAGCCAGCAGGAGAUCCAAAGAGCAAGCUUCUAAGGAAAAGGCAUAUAGGAAAUGAUAUUGUUACCAUUGUCUUCCAAGAGCCUGGAGCACUUCCUUUUACUCCAAAAAAUAUUCGUUCUCACUUUCAACAUGUGUUUGUUAUAGUCAAAGUGCAUAAUCCUUGCACUGAGAAUGUGUGCUAUAGUGUUGGAGUUUCAAGAUCAAAAGACGUGCCAGCAUUUGGUCCACCCAUCCCUAAAGGAGUAACUUUCCCCAAAUCGGCAGUCUUUAGGGACUUUCUUUUAGCCAAAGUUAUUAAUGCUGAAAAUGCAGCCCACAAAUCUGAAAAAUUCCGAGCCAUGGCCACCAGGACACGUCAAGAAUACCUAAAAGAUCUGGCUGAAAAUUUUGUUACAACAGCUACAGUGGAUACUUCAGCAAAAUUCAGUUUUAUUACCCUCGGGGCAAAGAAGAAAGAGAAAGUGAAACCAAGAAAAGAUGCACAUUUAUUUAGUGUUGGUGCAAUUAUGUGGAAUGUGAAUGCUCGAGACUUUGGCCAGUCUGCAGACAUAGAAUGUCUCCUUGGAAUCUCCAAUGAAUUUAUUAUGUUGAUUGAAAAGGAGUCAAAAAAUGUUGUGUUUAACUGCUCCUGCAGAGAUGUGAUUGGAUGGACAUCUGGAUUAAUGAGUAUCAAAAUCUUUUAUGAAAGAGGAGAAUGUAUUCUUCUUUCUGCAGUGGAUAAUUGUACUGAGGACAUCAGAGAAGUUGUUCAAAGGCUAGAAAUAGUGACCAGAGGAUGUGAAACAACGGAAAUGACCCUGCGGAGGAAUGGGUUGGGCCAGCUUGGAUUCCAUGUUAACUUCGAAGGGAUAGUAGCAGAUGUGGAGCCAUUUGGUUUUGCAUGGAAAGCUGGCUUAAGGCAAGGGAGCCGUCUAGUUGAGAUCUGCAAAGUGGCGGUGGCAACCUUGACUCACGAACAGAUGAUUGACCUUUUACGCACAUCGGUGACAGUAAAGGUGGUGAUUAUUCAGCCGCAUGAUGAUGGAUCUCCAAGAAGGGGUUGUUCAGAACUGUGCCGAAUCCCCAUGGUAGAGUAUAAACUUGACAGCGAAGGCACCCCAUGUGAGUAUAAAACCCCCUUCAGGAGGAAUACCACUUGGCAUCGGGUGCCGACUCCUGCUGGGCAGCCUCUCUCUCGUGCCUCUCCAAUCCUAGGAACAUCUGACAGACUGCAAUGCCAGCAGCUUCUCCAGCAGGCUCAGACAGCCAUUCCUCGCAGCACUUCCUUUGAUAGAAAACUGCCAGAUGGUGCUAGAAGUUCACCGAGCAACCAGUCAUCCUCCAGUGACCCAGGACCAAGCGGGAGUAGCCAGUGGAGGCAGCAAGUGGGAUAUGACGGGUGCCAGUCCCCUUUACUGCAUGAACACCAAGGUUCGGGUCCACUGGAAUGCGAAGGAACUCGAGAACGAGAGGAAGCUUUGGAAGGAACCAGACAUACUGAAACCAAGUGGCAUGCACCAUCAACUAAAGUCUUGAGUUCCUACAAAGAUCGAGCUUUACAAAAAGAAGGUACAGGAAAAGACUCUCCAAGCAAACUUUCACACAUUGGAGACAAAAAUUGUUCCAGUCAUUCCAGCAGCAAUACCCUGUCCAGUAAUACAUCCAGCAAUAGCGAUGAGAAGCACUUUGGCUCCGGAGACCUUAUGGACCCUGAAUUGCUUGGAUUAACAUAUAUUAAGGGGGCUUCUACUGACAGUGGAAUUGAUACAGCUCCUUGUAUGUCAGCUCCUCUUAUGACUCCUUUACACCUUGCUGGCAGCAGGUCUGGGGUCCAUAGUCGGGCUGAGCAGUGGACUGAAUCAUCUGAAACUCCUGGGCCAGAUGAUGAGGCUGCUAAAAUCUAUGCUGUUCAUAGCUAUGCCUCUGCCAUUUCCAGUAGUCAUACAGCUGAAGGCAGUAUUGGAGACCUCAGUGAAAUAUCCUCUCAUUCCAGUGGGUCCCACCAUUCAGGAAGCCCUUCAGCACAUUGCUCUAAAAAGAGUGGUUCUCUAGAUACCUCCAAAGUCUACAUUGUGUCGCAGAAUAGUAGCCAUCAGAUUUCUGGGUCCAUGUCCAAACCAUACCACAGACAAGGAGCAGUGAGCAAAUAUGUCAUUGGUUGGAAAAAGUCAGAAGGUAGCCCUACACCUGAAGAAUCUGAAGUUGCUGAAUGCCAUGAUGCCACAAAAUAGAGGGAAAGAUGUAACAUUGUGAGUUUUGCUGGAAGUUAUACUUCUGUCAAACAAAGUGAAAACAAAAAACCUCAUGUGUCCUUCCUAGAAGAGAAUUAGUUAGGCAUUGAUUUAUAUAGGUCUAGAGAAUCUGUAAGCACUUUCCAGGUAAGCAUGUUGAAAGAUUCAUAACUUGCACUUCGACAUCUUUGUUGCCCUAAAGAACGCAUCGCAUCUAUUAAUAUGCUGGAAAGGAGAUAUGUGGCCAAGAAUUUAAGGAUGUUUAAGGCUACAUAAUAGAGAAAGAAACACUUCCGGUUGGAUAGAUUUAGCUGCUUUUUAGAAUUCUUUCCUAGGCUCCUGCUUUUCUUUGGGUAGGUGGGGCUUCCUGGUUAGCAAUCUGGUCUGCAGUGUGGGACAUCCAGGUUCAAGGCCUUGGUCUGUCCAUUUUGGAGCAGAUAAUCCCAGGCAGUCAGGACUUGAACUUGGGUUUCCCACCUUCAAACAAACGAACAAACCCAGCAUGUUUCAGCGCAACGAAUAUUUGACAAAAAAUUCUGUGCCUUUAUAAUGGACAGCUGUGUUUUCCUGCCUGGCACAGGGAUUGCUCUUCCUCUUAAAGGCAAAAACCUGGGUUCUAGAUGUGGUGUAGUUCCUCAACUGUUGUGGCAGGUUCAUUCAUCCCAUAAGCCCCUGCAUUAUCAACUCCUGAGAUUUAUUUUUCCCACUGCUUAGGAAUGAAAAUAUAAUAAAACAAAAUUGCCUAAUUAAGCACUGCCUUUGGACCAAAAAGACAGCAGCUUUGAAGACAGUCUAUUAUGACGAGUUCCAUCUAAAGAGAGUGAACCAAAGAUGGUAACACUGCAUAUAUCAAACCAGUCUCAUGCAAUCAGGCAUUCCUCACUGCUUUCUUUUUAGGAAAGCUUUUUCUGCUUUGCAGGGUGGGGGGUGAUAGUUAGCCAAAGCUAAUUAUUUUGAAAUGAAAUCAUAUCUCCAGUUAAUAAUGGAGAUGAAGAUCAGGUCAUUUGCUGAAGGUUGUGCUGCUAUAGGACAUAAUUCAUUGAGAAUUAUAAAUUGCAAUAGCAAAGCCUGUUUCCUCUCAGCUGAGGGUACAAUCACUGAUUUAUGCUACACUUGGCAGCAAGUAAUUGGCUUCAAAUGCAUGCACUGUGUUUUUGGGAAUCUCUACUUCCUCAGAUUGCAUUUUCAGAGUAAACCUUUUAAAAUCAUCUUCCUCCUUUCUUGCUGGAAGGAUACUGAAAGACAGUAAUUCAGUUUGACAGUCUUUUGUUGAAUGUAAAUACAUUUUUGUAUGGUGAUAAUUAAAGAAGACAGCUGUUUUAUUUAUCCAAACAGCUUUGUGAAAUUGCUUAUAAUAAAACACACUUGGCACAUGGCAGAAUUGAUUACAAAUAAACUUCAGGCAUUACCAAUGAUGACCGUGAUAAUUUUGUCAGAUUGUGAUGCUGGGUACAGCUUCACACCAUAGGAUAUUGAUUUUCUUAUUUGCUUGGGAAGUACAAGUUAAAAUAUUUUGAUCUGUGAUGAAUUAUUGAAAGUGUUGAUCCAAGUAUAAACAAAACAAUAGGAAAGAGUAGUGUGCA